GUAUACAAUACAACACACACCAGCACACACCCACUAGCAUCACAUGUUCUGUUAAUACAACACACACCAGCACACACCCACUAGCAUCACAUGUUCAGAUCACACUGUAAAGCACACACCAGCACACAAGAAAGCUUAGUUUAAUGUAUUGUAAUAUACACUUCGGUCACCUUCUCUUCUCUAUAAAUAGAGAGAGCUCAGUCUCUUGUAAUAUAUAGAAAUACAACAGACACAGAAAUACAGAGUUAUUCAUUUUGCUCUCUCUCUCUUUAUCAAUUUAUCUUACAUGGUAUCAGAGCUAUAGGUUAAAGAUCUUGGUGUUCUUCGCCUUCCGGCAGGCGGCAACCUUGCCUUGACCGCCCGCCGGAUCUCAACCAAUUCAACAGGUUCAAUUCCUCCAACCACCCUCCAUUUCUGCUGCCACCAGUGCGCCACUGUCAUCUCCUCCUCCUCACUCACCUCGGCUGCUCCAUCUUCUCAUCUACUACCAGCAACACUCCGACCACCACCAAUAAUCACUGCAACAGCAGCCGCAGAAGCACCGCAUCUGCCACCGUGAACAUCCUCAUCAGCUCAAUCAUCAACCCUAAGCCUCUCCUAUCACUGUUGUUCCAACAAGCUUUGAUAAUCACUGCAACACAGCCUGAUGCACAGACCAUGCAUCACACAUACAACUUUCUCUCACACACUACAACACACAUGGACACACAGAAUUGGAAAAGGUCUCUCUUUUUGAGUCCCUCCAUGGCUUUUGCUCACUACUCACUAGCUAUCCCCUUUGAAACCUCAAACCCUCACAAAACUUCAAUUCUUACUUUUUCUUCCACUUCCUCCUCUUCAGCUUCUCUACUUCCCAUACCUUUCUUUUCUCUCAAAUCCGCAGCUCGCAAGCUCUCUCUCUUUCCCCAUCUCCGAAGCAUUGGCCACAAAGCUGAGGCUAAGCCACAAGAAUCUGAAGUCAGUUUAGCUGCAGAUGCCUUUACUCAUUUCAAGCAUCUGCUUCUACCAAUCACAGACCGGAAUCCUUACCUCUCUGAGGGAAUGAGACAGGCUGCAACUACUACUACUGCUUUGGUGAAGAAGUAUGGGGCAGACAUUACGGUUGUGGUUAUUGAUGAAAAGCUGAAAGAAUCAUUGCCAGAGCAUGAUACCCAACUCUCCAGCGUACGCUGGCAUCUGUCUGAAGGUGGGUUCCAGGAAUUCAAGUUGCUAGAGCGACUCGGGGAAGGGAAGAAGCCAACAGCCAUCAUUGGUGUGGCUGCUGGGAUAUAUUAGAUAUAUAUUAGAUAUAUAAUAUAUAUACAAAAUCGUGGGCCACUCUUUCUGAUUUUGCGAAACCAAUUAAAAAUAUAUAUAUAUAUAUAUAUAUCCCACUACCCAAAAGCAGCUCCUCAAACAUGGCUUUAACAACAAUAUUAGAUGCCCAACAUGUGUAGUGGCGGGCCCCAUCUCCAAUCAAACCACUAUGCAAAACCCAUUGCUGGUAGUGUG